UUUUUCAUCGCAGGUAGUGUAUUUUGUUGUAGAAGUGAGUGAUGGAGGAAAGCCCUCCUAAUCACGUGUGUCCGCCGGAACGCGAGGAUUGUCGGACGUGCGAAGUAGCGCGGCAAAAUCCGUUCAUUCCGCAGAUUGAAGUCUCGGAAUCGCGCCCGAAAACGUGGAUCGCACAAGUGAAAGUCUUAGCGGCGAAAUCCACUGCUGCCAUUUGUCACACUCAUCCUUGCCGGGAUUCUUGUCGUUAUUCUUGUGCCUAUUCUCAUCGUGCUGGUUGUGAACGCAUCCAAAACCGGCUCAAACCGGUUUUCGUCAAAUUCCAAUGACUAUUCCGGGCAUAAAAGCUACGGAGGUGUGUCGAUCGACAGUCAGGCUGAUUACGACGUUGGCGACGGAACAGGCUCUACAUUCUACCUUCCUCUUCCGGAUCCUCCGACUCCCAGACCCCCCCAAUGUUCAGAUAUGCCGGAACAACUCCGAUUCGACUGCUACCCGGAAGGAAGCACGAGCAAGGCGAGCUGCGAACGUAGAGGCUGUUGUUGGCUUCCGGACGUGAAGGGCGACCCCGCCCGGGACCCUCCGUUGAAUGUGCCGUAUUGCUUCUAUCCUGCCUUGUAUCCGUCCUACAUUGUGAUGAACGUUUCGGAUGCGGAGUACGGCAAGACGUUGUUUCUCACGCGCGUGUACGCGUCUGGUUAUCCGAGUGACGUUCCGUUGCUGAGAGUGGACGUGAAGUUUGAGACGGACAGUCGAUUACGUGUUAAGAUAUAUGAUCCGUUGAAAAAGCGUUACGAAGUACCAUGGCCACAAGUUCCGGAUGUUCGAACUGCAGCAAAAAAUCCGCUGUACGAAUUCGAUUAUAGCUUCCGGCCAUUCGGUUUCCGGGUCAUUCGCAAAGACAAUGGACAAGUUGUGUUCGAUACCAAGGAUGUUGGAUCCUUGAUUUUUGCCGACCAAAUGCUCCAGUUGUCUUCCAAAUUGCCUUCCUCGUAUAUUUACGGGCUGGGGGAACAUCAGGAUAAUUUUCUGCUUUCCACUAAUUGGCGGAAGUUUACAUUGUUCAAUCAUGAUCGGCUGCCGCAGGAGAAGUUGAACUUGUACGGAAGCCAUCCGUUCUAUUUGUCAAUGGAAAAUACUGGCAGAAGCAACGGGGUCUUCAUGUUCAACAGCAACGCUAUGGGUCAGUAUUGUCCUACUCUAUAUUUUGGGGGUUCUCAACUCUUUUUUUUUUUUUACUCGCUCAACCCCUUGUAUUAUGGAUUUGUUAACGUACUUAUUCAACCGACGCCAGCCAUAACUUUUCGAAGCAUUGGAGGCAUCAUGGAUAUGUACUUCUUCUUGGGUCCUUCGCCGAAAGACGUCAUCGAGCAAUACACCACACUCAUCGGUCGACCUCACAUGCCCCCAUUUUGGGCUCUGGGUUUCCAUUUAUGCCGGUUUGGUUGGAAAAAGUUGUCGGAUUCGGAGGAUGCGUUGGCAAGAACGCUGAAGAAUCAGAUUCCUUUGGAUGUUAUGUGGAGUGACAUAGAUUACAUGGAUAAAUGGAAAGAUUUCUCGUACGAUAACGAAUCGUAUGCCGGUCUACCGGAGUAUGUGAAUAAGCUGCACGCUGGUGGAUUGCAUUACGUACCAAUCAUCGAUCCUGGUAUUUCAAGUGCCGAAGAACCUGGUACUUAUUUACCAUUUGACGAAGGGAAAGAACUCGGAAUUUUCAUCAGGAACGUAACCGGGGAUCUUUUCAUUGGGAAGGUGUGGAAUCCCGUGUCAACCGUUUGGGUAGACUUUACCCAUCCUAAGGCGACUCCUUACUGGACUAAUCAGUUGACGCGGUAUCACAUGCAAGUGGAAUUUGAUGGAGCGUGGAUCGACAUGAACGAGCCAUCGAACUUUUAUGACGGAGAGAUGCACGGUUGCCCCAAGAAUGACGCUCUCGAGCAACCCCCGUAUUUGCCAGGGGUGGAAGGAGGAAAGCUGGCUUUCAAAACCGUUUGCAUGACAGCGAGACAACACGCAUCCGUCCACUACAACGUUCACAAUUUAUACGGAUUCACGGAGUCUAUAGUGACCAAUUUCGCACUCACCGACAUUCGUCAAAAGCGACCGUUCGUCAUCUCCAGGUCCACUUUUCCGGGCCAAGGCCGGUUCGGUGGACACUGGACCGGUGACGUGGUGUCCACGUGGAACGCCAUGUCGAAAUCGAUCCCGGCCAUGUUGAAUUUCAACAUGUACGGGAUCCCGUUGGUGGGCGCGGACAUCUGUGGCUUCAACGGGAACACGACCGUGAAUCUGUGCAAGCGGUGGUCCGAGUUGGGCGCGUUUUAUCCCUUCUCGCGGAAUCAUAAUUCUGAGGGGAACGUUGAUCAGGACCCUGCUGCUCUGGGUCCAGACGUGGUCAGGUCUGCGAGGACGUCGUUGCGGUUGCGCUACAGGUUGCUGCCGUAUUUGUACACGCUGUUUUGGAAGGCGCAUUCUUUGGGCCAAGCUGUAGUUCGUCCUUUGUUCUUCGAGUUUCCGGAAGACGAAGAGACUUACAAGAUUGAUAAUUGCUUCUUCUGGGGCGCUGGAUUGCUGAUAGCCCCAGUUCUGAAUGAAUACGACGAGAGCUAUAACUACUUACCUGCUGGGCUUUGGUAUAAAUUGAGCGACGGAGCUAUCAUAAAUAGCACCGGUGCGAUAUACACCUUAAAGCCACCUCGCGGCGCCCCAACAUUACUGGUCCGAGGAGGUCAUGUGCUGCCAGCGAUUCAACCCGCUCAAACUACGACAGAAAUGCGAAGUAAGCCGUUUGAGGUGAUAGUCGGAUUGGACCAUCGUGGAGAAGCCUUCGGUGAAUUGUAUUGGGAUGACGGUGAUUCCAUUGGAACGUGGGAGAAAAGAUUCUUUAAUCUCAUAGAAUUCCGAGUGAAGGAUCAAAAGCUGAGAGCAUCCGUGAACAAAUGGGGAUACGAGUCGACCAUGAAUCUCUCCAGGGUAUCCAUUUUUGGGGUAACUGUACGUUCGGAAUCUGCGAAUGUAACGCGUGUUGUUGUGAACAAUGGUACUGUAAGUUCAAAAUUUGUAUUUGACCAGAGAAGUGGGCAACUAGACAUAACUCUGUUUUCAUCCUUGGCUCAACCCUUAACGGUUGAAUGGUCAUGAACGACUUCAGCGAAAAACUCCCUUUUUUGUUUUGUUACGGUACUCAUAAUUCGUAGCUUGGCUGUGAUAUUGAACGAACGAAAUCGUCGAUCUGUUCGGAUCGCGUUGGUUCUUUGUAUGCGUUGAUGAUGCGAAAGGCAAGGUGCGGUGGACGUUGUUGGGCUCGGUAUCAGUCAGUUUGCUUGUUUCCUUGUGUUCCCUCAGCAUAUUGUACAUAUGAAGGGCAUUGUUCUAUGGUAUGGUUUCUCACGAGCGGGUGUAAGUCUGUACAACGCCAAGCGCUGAAGGCUCGAUAUUUCGCUUUCGCUUAAAGAGGUCUGUUUGUUCAAGGAAAAAUCAUGUAAUAAGAUUCUCCAGCAAAGAAUAAUUUUUUUUUUCGUUGAAUGAGCUUAUUAUCUUCGUACUUACUUUCUACUUCGGCGGGAGAUCUCGAGGGAUGAUACUGUAUCACGUACAGUACAGUAUUACUAUGUCCGUCACGGUUUCUUGUACCCUCUGCAUUACCCAGAAACCCCCACUUUUAUCAUUUCAAUAGUAUUUGACACCUAAUCCGGGAUUUGCCUGUACCCUUGUAUCUCGCCUAACGAAUUUCGUGCCUUCAUUUGCCCGUGAUCUUCUUGAGAAAAGAAAAUUCACCCACGAAACUCAUCAUCGAUUCUUCCGUAAUCAUUGUCAUAUUUUUGACACUGUCAUGCACUUCCGAAGAAAGAACCCAGAAGAGAAAGACUUCCAUUUUUUUUUUAAAUAAAUUUUGAUCAAAUUGAAGUUCAAAAUCAUCAUAAAGAUGGUACAAAACAUUUUAGAAUAGGCUCGGAAGAGUACUGCUAAAACUUCAAUUUUUAUCCUUUAAUACAGUAUAGAAAUUCAUGAGAUUUUUUUUUUCGUAAUACCGUAUUUCUGACAAAUUAUGUUAAUUGAUUGGGUUUACGAUUUCUUGUGGAAAAAAUCUGACUAGCAGAACAAACUUUUCAUCCAGCAAAAGUUUGUGGGUACAAAUGAAGUUUGUUCGAAGAGUGAGAUUUCACAUGCGCAACGUAUACUUCCGAAAUAUUGUGAAGUGAAAUUCACAUUUAUAGAUAACUAUUUCAUAUUUGGCUUAUGCCCUUCUCCGAUUUUCAUUUUUUUUUUUGAAAUGGAAGUACUGUAUUCUUGGAGUAGGUUUAAACAAGUUUGCAGGUACCAAAAAGAAAGUUUCAAGCUUAGUGAAAAUGUUGUUGAAAAACAUUUAAUCAAUAAUAUCGAAAAUAGUUUGACGAGGAUCACUUUUUCUUUGACAAGAGUCAAAACCUCCUCGCGUAUAUUUUCAUUAUUUUAACUCUGAAGGUGACGAACGACUUGGAAAAGGUUUACUUCUUUUCCGCAAUCAUUUUCAAUCCUUGUGGAUUCGGGUGAGCAAUACAUAUGCUGUGUUGCGUUUUACUUUUUUUUUUCAAGACCGUUGUUGUUCUAUGAUUUCUCAUUAGAAAUCGUAAAAAUAUUGAAUUGCUCAUUGAUUGAUGCGUGAUUUACUGUGAACCGACGAAUCGCGCGACGAUUAAUUUCGAUAACGCGUUGAACAUUGAUUCUUUUUAUAUUAUUUGUAUUGUCUCGAAGCGUUUGCAAUUUUCGAUGCUCGUACAUGUGCUUAUUUUUCUUUGGGGUAUUGAAUUAAACGAAUGCGCUCAAGGUGCGCUUCCCAUGCUUGUGCAUCCUCUGAAGA